AUGUCAAAAGUUGAUCGCCAUAUUAGACGUCUUGACGACGGUCUUCGCAAGCUUGAAGGUGAACAAAUGAUGGCAGGUCCAGGUAGAACAAAUGACAACAAUUCCAAUACGGCAACCAACAACAAUAUACAUCAUCACGCUCGCGAAGAAUCAUCGUCACCAUCAACAACAAGAAAAGGCUGA